GUGCAUCAAGCUCCAAAGAUGUUCACGAGCACCUUCUGGGGUGUAGCACAGACGGGAAACAGACAAUGGGGUGGAAAAAUAAUUAAUAUGUCAUCGUGUAUAGUGAUGAAGAAGCCCAAGUACUUUACCCAUCACCAACUUAAACGUCCUCCCGUCUAAUUGGAAGGGCAAUCAAUGCUCCCUGGCCAAUCACUUGCUUAAGGCAACUCUCCUACUCUCCUGCUCUCCUGCUCUCCUGCGCUCCUGCUCUCCUGCUCUCCUGCUAUGACCCUAUGAUGAAUAUGCCAUUGACAACCUCAUGUCGAACAGAGAGAUGCUGGCUUUUCCCCCAUGUGUUGCUCACCAUGAUUGUCAUGAGCAGGAGAUGCAGCAAAAUAGGAGGAGGAGGAAGAAGGUGAUGAAGAAGGUGGUACACAUUAUCUAUUCGUGGUACACAUUACCAUCAUCAUCAUCAGCAGCAGCAGCAACAGCAGCAGCAGCAGCAGCAGCAGAAGAAGAAGAAGAAGAAGAAGAAGAAGAAGAAGAAGACGACGACAACGAAGAAGAAGAAGAAGAAGAAGAAGAAGAAGAAGAAGAAGAAGAAGAAGAAGAAGAAGACGAGGACGAAGACGAAGACGAAGACGAAGAAGAAGAAGAAGAGGAAGAAGAAGAAGACGACGACGAAGAAGACGACGACAACGAAGACGACGACAACGAAGACGACAACGACGAUGACGACGACGACGAUGACGAUGACGACGACGACGACGAAGAAGAAGAAGAAGAAGAAGAAGAAGAAGAAGAAGAAGAAGAAGAAGAAGAAGAAGAAGAAGAGGAGGAGGAGGAGGAGGAGGAGGAGGAGGAGGAGAUGGUCGGAAUGCACAUGGUGUGUUGCAGAGGAUCAGCAACAAAGACCUCAGGACCCCUUCUGAAACUAUUGCCCACUGACAUAAUAGCAAGCUAACCGCAGGUCAGAGCCAGGAAGCCAGGGCCCAGAGGUGCAGAUCACUGCCAGGGAAAUGACCCAGUGGCGAACAAUGGCACCUAUAUAGGCCGCCGCUCUGGGCCCUCCACCAUCGCAGUGGCCAGCAUUUUUUUUUUUUGUUUUUUAACACACGUCUGGGUGCCCAGCAUUGACAUAACAGCAAGCUCCCCAAGUCCACCCAGCCAGCCAGCCAGCCAGCCAGUCGUCCAGCCAGCACCCAGAAGUGCAGACUACUGGGAGGGAAGUGAACCCAGUGUCUCGAUACAGU